UCGUACUGCACACUGAUCUCAACACUCUCCGAAGACUUCACAUCAGUAGAGCCCGCUUUCCAACUUCUUUACCAAAGAGAUGGCUCCAGUGUCCAUGCAGGCCCCGGUGUGUCUGAUUGAUAAUGGGACAGACGGGCGCAUGAGUGUCCAGCAGGGGGCACUACAGAUCCUGGAGCAGAUCCAGGAGCCGGUGGUGGUGGUGGCUGUGGUGGGGCUCUACCGCACGGGGAAGUCCUUCCUCAUGAACCGGCUGGCUGGAAAACAAACAGGGUUUGCCCUUGGCAGCACCAUUGAGUCCAAAACCAAAGGAAUCUGGAUGUGGUGUGUACCUCACCCCUCUAAACCAGGAAACACUAUCGUUCUACUCGACACAGAAGGACUGGGAGAUGUUGACAAGGGAGACCCCAAGAAUGACACACAGCUCUUCUCUCUGGCCGUUCUGCUGAGCAGCAGUCUGAUCUACAACAGCAGGGGCACCAUCGACAACAGAGCUGUGGAAGAGCUGCAAUUUGUAACAGAGCUGGCGAAGUUCAUCAAAGUGAAGUCAUGUGAUGAAGAUGAAGACGAUUCAGAGUUUGUGAAGUUCUUCCCCUCGUUCAUCUGGGCUGUGAGGGACUUCACUCUGGAGAGGAAGAUCGGAGGGAAAGACGUAACAGAAGAUGAAUACUUAGACUUUGCCCUGAAGCUGAAAGAUGGUCACUCAAAAAAGGUGAAUGAUUACAACCUUCCUCGGGAGUGCAUCCGGAAAUACUUCCCAUCCCGGAAGUGUUUCACCUUCCCAUUCCCAACAUCCAGCCCGGAGAAUGUGAUCCGCAUGGAGAGCCUGGGCCCCUCUGAGCUGGCCCCAGCGUUCCUGGAGGUCGCCGACCGCUUCUGCAGCUUCGUCUUCGACCAGAGCCCAGUGAAGCAGCUGAAGGAUGGGCACACAGUCGAUGGCCGAAUCCUUGGUCACAUGGUGAAGAUGUACGUGGAGAUCUUCUCCAGUGGGGGCGUGCCCUGUCUGGAGAAUGCUGUGGUUGCCAUGGCACAGCUUGAGAAUGAGGAUGCUAUUAAGGAAGGGCUUGAGGUCUAUGAGAGCGGAUUGGAGCAACUGAGGCUGUACUUCCCUGUGGACCUGAAGGACAUCACCUCCGGACACCAGCGCCUCACCAGCCUGGCAACAGAAAUCUUCAUGAAGCGCUCCUUCAAGGAUGAUGAUGGCAAGCACAUGAAGUCUCUGGAGGAGGCCCUCGACAAGCUGUUCAGUAGAUUCCUGCUGCAGAAUGAGGAGGCUUCGGUGCUGAUCUGUCAGGAAAUCCUCGCAGGUCUCUCUGCUCCACUGAAGAACAAACUCCAGCAGGGGUUCUACACCAAAGUCGGAGGCUACCAGCUCUUCUGCCAGGACAUGGAGGAGAUUGUGGUGAAAUACAACAGCCAGACCCACAGAGGAGAAAAGGCUGAGGACGUGUUGGAGGAGUUUAUGAAGCAGAGGAGGGAGGAGUCUGCAGCCAUCCUACAGGCUGACCAGAGUCUGAGUGUGAAGGACAGAGAGAUCUGUGAGGAGCGAGAGAGAGCUGUGUUCCUGGAGCAGGAGAUGAGGUCGGGCCAGGAGGCGCAGCGGCAGCUGGAGGAGCGCAUGGAGGCGCAGCGUCAGAGCAGUGAGGAGCGCAUGAGGCAGGUGAUGGACAAAAUGCAGCAGGAGCAGCAGCAGCAGCAGGAGGAGGCACGGCGGGCCAGGGAGAGCAUGCUGCGGGAGCAGGCCCUCCUGCUCGAGAAGGGCUUCAAGGAGAAGGCAGACGUGAUGACCAGACAGAUAGAGGAGAGCAGGAGGAGGACCCAGGAGGCGCAGGAGGCCAAGAGCCAGGAGUUUACCAGGCUGAUCGAACAGCAGGACCAAAGGCACAACGAGGUCAUGACCCGGAUGAAGCAGCAGCAGGAAGCCAUGAUGAACAGACCACCCAGAGUCGUCCACACCCGUUCCUGCUGUAUCCAGUGACCCCUAUCACCCAGAGUAGUCCACACCCGUACCUGCUGUAUCCAGUGACCCCUAUCACCCAGAGUAGUCCACACCUCUCCCUGCUUUCCUGUUUACCUGUUUGCUCGUUUGUUUACCUUUGCCUGCUGCUGCAGUGCUCAGGGCAUCCAGUGUUCAGAGGGGCCAAAACAGUCAUUCAUGUCAUUUGGUUUGGCAAUAAAAACACACACAGUUAAAUUAGGAAAAGUCAUUAAAUAUGAAGCAAAAAUGUCAAUCAUUUAUUUAGAGACGUUACACAUUGAAUGGGGUCAAAUUGACCCCAAACAUAAUAGGAGGGUUAAAGACCACAUUACAGACCCUCCCUGUAAAGACAGAGAAGAACAGAACAGAAAAACCGACAUCAGGUGAGUUGUCUAUUACAUCACAGAGGUCACUCAAAGUCCAGAGCAGAGGUUCUGUCUGUGAGGUCACACAGAGUAAAGGUUCCAUCUGUGAUGUCACAUAGUAGUGGUUCUGUCUGUGAGGUCACACACAAUAAAGGUUCCAUUUGUAAUGUCA